GCUUCGAUUUGGUAGUCUCAAUUUCUCAGUAUAAUCACUAAAGCUGUUUCUGCAGAAAUGUCGGCUAACUGUCAAGAUAUUUCAGAAGAGCUGCAAGAACACAUAACUAGAAUUUUGCAGCCGAAGAAAAUAGAAUUUAUGAAGAAAGUGAAAUUAACAACAAAGUGCAAAUCUGAGGAGAAAAUAUUGGUUCUGACACUGUGGAGAAUAUUUCUGUUCCCUGCUCGACUCCCAGUCAAGGUGGAAAGUUCUUUCAAUUACUUGGAGAUUAACGCAAUCAAUGCCGUCGACCACACUCAGGUUGUCAUAGAAACUGAGAAAAUUUCAUACCAAUUGAAACUCAUGUCCCUUGAAGAUUUGGAGCAUGUGGUUAGUCAUGUCACUGCGUCACUCAAAAAAAUAUUUCCAGAUUCAUCACCUGGGAAACUACUUAAGAAGAAUUCCCCUGAGUUACAAGAGAGAAUUAAAAAAAUCACUUUAGCACUGGAAGAACAGACUGAUUGCAAUCAGGGGCCAUGUGGUGGCUACUCAGAGACUUAUGCUGCAUUGUGCGAUUACAAUGGAUUUCCCUUCAAGGAAGAAAUCCAGUGGGAUGUAGAUACCAUCUACCACAGCCAAAAUACCAAGGAAUUUAAUCUGCUAGAUUUCAGCCACUUGGACACGAGAGAUAUGGCAUUGAGCGUGGCAGCUUUGGCAUUUAACCAGUGGUUUACAAAGCUUUUCUCCAAGGAUUUACGACUGAGCCCCGAUGUGAUAGAGCAGGUCCUCUAUGUGAUCAGUUUGUCCACUAAACUGGAGGAGCUGGUUUUAGAAAAUGCUGGACUGAAGUUUGAUGCUGGACAAAAAAUUGCACUUGCUCUAAAAGAGAAUUUCCACCCGGCGCUUCACACCAUAAAUCUAUCCAACAACCAGUUGGAGGACAGAGGGGUGUCAGCACUCAGUCAGCAGUUUGAAAAACUGUCCAAAGGACUGAAGUAUCUCAACCUCUCCAGAACAUCACUGACUGCAAAAGGUCUUAACUCUUUGGCUCAAUCGUUGAUUUCAAAUGAAGCUUUUACAUCGUCUCUUGUUCACCUGGACCUCUCUGGAAAUCCAGGGAUAUUAGCUGCUGAAGAUACCUGUAUAUUUUAUAAUUUCAUUUCCCAUCCGAAUGCCCUGACUCAUCUGGAUCUGGCAGGUACUGAUUGUGCUCUGGAUUCUCUUUUUGGAGCAUUGAAUCGUGGAUGUUGUGCACAUCUGACCUCUCUAAUCCUCGAUCGAAAUGUAUUUUCCCACAAGAAAUCUCGGGAAGUCCCCCCUUCAUUGAAGCAGUUCUUCAGUAACUGUUUAUCAUUAAAGUGCAUUACACUGUCUGGUAUCAAGCUACCACUGGAAGCAGUAAGAGCCAUUCUUCAGGGUCUGGCCUGUAACACUCACAUCUGUGAUGUACAUCUGAAUCUCAGCAACUGUGAGUUAAGAUCAGCUGGUGCGCAGGUGAUCCAGGACCAUAUUAUUGAUGCUAGUGCCAUCAGUAGCCUGGACUUGUCAGACAAUGGGUUUGACUCUGACAUGGUGACACUGGUUUUAUCUAUCGGAAGAAGCAAAUCAAUUCGACAUGUAGCACUUGGCAAGAACUUCAACAUUAAAUCAAAAGCCUUGGCUGAUGUUCUGCACAGGAUUGUCCAACUCAUCCAGGAUGAAGAAUGUCCUCUCCAGUCUUUAUCAGUUGCUGAUUCACGAUUAAAAUCUGGAACCAAUGUUCUCAUUAAUGCUCUGGGCAGCAACACCUGCUUAAAAAAGAUUGACAUCAGUGGCAAUGCCAUGGGGGACACUGGAGCAAAGAUGUUGGCCAAAGCUUUACAAAUCAACACAAGUCUUAGAACUGUGAUUUGGGACAGAAACAGUACUACAGCUGUGGGAUUCCUGGAUGUUGCAAGUGCUCUGGAGAGGAAUUAUAUGCUGAGAUCAAUGCCUUUCCCAAUGAGUGAUGUGUCCCAGGCUUAUCGUAGCAAUCCAGAGAAAACUGAUGAAGCGCUGCAGAAGAUACAAUCGUAUCUCUUACGGAAUAAUCAGAUUAAGAAAUUUUCGCCAGAGCAGGCCUUUCGAUUGCAAGAGAGAAUUGUAACUAGUUCCACACAGCAGAUGGUGGACAGCAUGUGUGAUUUGGUGGAAGAAAAUUUGAACAUCAUUAACAAGGACUCCAUGAAAGAAAAGCAAGAGGAUGUAGUGUUUGCUGAAGAAAUCAUAAAAGAUGCUAAGACAUUAACCACAGUGUUACCAACCUUGUACCAAGUGGGUAACACUCCACCUUUACUAAGAACGGUACAACACAAGCUGGAGUCAGUUGCUGAAGAAGUCUCCCAGGCUGUAAAUGAAGAAAUCCAGACACUCAUUCAGUCCCUUAUGAAAUCCACCAGCAUGCUCUGUCCUAAUGUUAUGCAGAAAGCCAAUAUUCAGGAGCAGCUGGCUAACAAAGUAUCCAGUAAAAACUUCAUCCCCAAGGACUUUACAAGGAGCGUAAUUGUUGAACAGGCUGGAUUGGAGAUUGUGAACAAACUCAGUGAAGUGAAGCUCAGCGUCACUGCUGCUCUAAUUGACCACUUUGUGGACCACAUUCUGAAGGACCUAACCAUUGCUAAACAGAAGCUUGCAUCUUAUGCGUCAAAACCACUAAAUGAAACACCAUCAUCAGACAAAGCAGGUUCAGAAACCUCGAAAGAUGAAAUCACAGUUAACGGAAACAUGGAUUUAUUGAGUUCACCCAACAAUGACUUGGCACCAAUUGAGAGUGUGUCUAUGCUUCGCAGGAGGACAAUACACUCUCGAAGAAUCAGGCCAACUACAGCCUUGAACCGAAUCUCAGACAUAGAAACAGAAAGACAAUUUGAAGGAACAGAUUUUGAAGCAAUGGAACUAUUGACAGUCAAGUCACAACCAAUCUCUACUGAUAUGAAUGCUGUAAAUAACACACCUACAAACGCAGAGACAACUUUUACAGAUUCUCUUAUGGAUUUGCCAAUUGAAGGGAUGAAACUAAGGCAUUGUACCAAAGGCAGGCCAAGACCAAACAGAAUCCGGAAAUAUCCACCCUCCAAGCCUACUGUACAAUCUGUGGACCAGGAAAAAGGAGAGGAUGUAACCAACAGCAAAUUAGAUCUAGGACUAGAAGAUUUCUUCACAAAGAAGAUAAUUCAAGAAGAAACCAGUUAUGUGCCUGCUGCUUUCAGUGAUUCUUCAUCACAGAAAGACCAGUCUCCAAAGUUUGAAGAAGUGCUUGAGUCUUCAUCGCUUCCAAAAACAAAAAAGAGAUAUCCUAAACUCAGUGACUUGUUUGCUUUCAAGAAAACCCGCUUCAACAGAAUGCAAAAGGUCGAGAAAGAACUUGAAAGAAACCAACAGAAAGGCAAGAAAAAUUCUUCUGUGGAUAUUCUAAAACCUCAAAAAGAAUCUGGGGAAAUGUUUGAUCAAGCCAAACCAGAAGAGGGCAGUAUAGAACAACCCAAACAAGACUGUAUACCCAGGCACCAGUCAUCUUUGAGAGGUCUCAAAACACGCUCGUUAAUUCUGCUCCCUGGAAAUAAGGAUGUCGAGGAUUUGUCUUUGCAGUUCACAGUACAAGGCAAGGAAUCCAAAACUGAGCUGUGUGAAGGACAUCAGUUGCUCAAAUCUGAGCAACACGUACAUCGGACUCUCCAGAGGGCAGGUCUGAAGGUGUUGCACUUUGACCCUAAGACAAAACUGAAUGUAGAAUCAGAAUUAAAAGGAUCAGACAGCAAUGGAGAAAUCCCUGGAAAGAACAUACCGCAGCCUCCCCCUCAAUCUUUGAAACUUUCUGCACUGGCCAAUAUGGCUAAAACCUUUGCAGUCAGUAAUGCAGAUAAAGAAGAGAAUUUUGAAGAACAGUCAUCUACAGGAGCCAGGAAUGAAGAAUCUGACGAUAAGGAAGAAGCAAAAAGACAAGAAAUUACAUUAGGAGACCAGAGAAUCCUGCUUCCUCCACCUCGCAGGAAAAAUCUGCAACAAGGGAACAAAGAACAAAGUAUAAAUCCUGUACCACUUCCAAGAAAAUCUGUAGCAUUGCAAAAAAGUCAAAUUCAGGAUGAAAUGACCAGCACAGAAAAGCAUUCAUCAUUGUAUUCAAUAUCAACAAGGAAAGUGGUCAAUGACUGGGAAGAAAAAGAGAACAAUGAAGAAUGUUUACCAUCCGAAGAUAAAGGUGAAACCUACAUAACAGCACCGUUAUCUACAGCUAACUUGAAAGGCACAGAAGAAGCAACUUUAACUUUAGAAGAAAAUCUUUCCAAUCAGUAUUGAAGAAGAGUGCUUAAGAAUCAUUGUAGUCUUUCAAGGAGAAAAAUACUUCAGCAUAAACAGACUAAAAAUUGCGCAGAUGUCUGUCCAGUAUACCUCACUGAAAUAUCCUGCAAAAAUCAGAAACAGGACAUGAUUUCAAUCCUUUUUGAUACAAUUUAUUAAAAUGUAUAUUUAAAAAAAGGAAAUAAAAUAUUUUAAGCUGAAUGUACAGAAAUACCCCAGAGCAGAGCACUGUACAUUACUUUUACUGUUUGUUUUUACAGAUUCAUUAUUGGCUGCAUUAUAGCUAUUUAAUGUUUUGAUCUGGAACAGGAAUCCAGGACAAGCUACGAGAUGCACUACCUCUUCCUUGUGCAAAUGUCCAGUUUGUACUUCAGGGUUAGUUUGCAGACUGGAGAGAUUAAAAUAGGUACCAAUGGAGGGGGGAGAGGGAACCUAGCUUUUCUCAACAGCACUUUCUCAGAACAGAUUUAGCAUUGUGCCUGUCAUUAUAAAUUGUUGAAAGAAAAACAGUCAUAUUUUUGCCUCAUAGUGCUUAUCAACUUUCAGUAAUAAAUUUACUGAACCAAGAUGACCGAGGAAGGGCCAUUAGCAUUUUUAUCUGACAGUGAAGAACUGUAGCAAUGGAAAUCCUUUGGAAUCUACAAGUGGCUCCAACUCCUCAUUCAACCAACUUGCAAUAAACAAGAUCCAGUGGCAAAUCAAUGCUAUUUAUCGUGAUAAACAUGAAUGAUAUCAACAAAUUCUAAAUGAUUUUGAAUGAUCUAUGUCACAGCACUUUUCAGGUGCUCCAAUCCAAUAAGGGCAAAUCGGCUUUGAUGAUUUAAAAUUUGUCCUACCUCCUCAACUCUGACUGCCUGUCCAAAGCCUUCAUGUUUCACCAGUUGUCAUUUUAGAGUGUUGAAUGAAUUGUUAGAUUCAUUCUGACAGAAUGUAUCAUUUUAAAGAAGUGAAAGAUAUAAAGUGAGACUGGGAAAGAAAGAGAGUAAAGGAAGUAGUCACACUUUAUGGAAGUUGUAUCAUACUUCUGGCCAGUGAGGGUUGGGAACAACUUAGAUUAAGUACAAUUCAAUUUAAAAAUGAUAUUGAAGUGGUGGAGUUAAAUUCUGCCUCAUUAUUAUGUUUUAUUUAACACAAUAUUAAAAAUAGUAUUUGAAUGCUUGUUAAAUUGAAAUAAAAAUCAACUUGUGUUACUAAAUUGC